GCCUCUCUUCACGAAAUAAUAUCAAAACGCUAUAGUUGCUUUCAAACAAGUUUCAAAAUUUCUUAAUGUCAACGUGACAUAUUUGAAUGACGUUCGAUGAAAAAUCGUCAUGAGAAAUCGAAACAUUGUGCAAGUAUUCGAUCAGUACCAGAGAGCCAGAUUGGCAUUCGUUCAAUCAUUAUCUGAAUUAGCACUUGGACAGCAAAAUAAUGAGCAGUUGAUCAGAGCUGGUAUAUUGGAUCUUCUCAAACCACUUCUCACUGAUCCUUGUACGCAAAUACAGCAGUGCGCAGCCAUAAGCCUUGGAAGACUGGUUCAUCAUGAAGCAGAUAUGGCAUACAGAAUUAACGAACGAAACUUUUUGCCGAUUUUGAUCAAUACUAUAUACACUGGAAACAAGUAUCAGAAGAAAUCCGUUUUGUUUGUCCUAAGGUCUAUUUGCAAGCAUAAUGAAGCCUGUGCUCAACAUGUUUUAAACGCUAAUGGCAUGCAAGCUUUGAUGAGUUGUUUGGAGGAUUUUGAAAGCAGCGUGAAAGAGUCAGCAGCUUGGGCAAUAGGUUACAUCGCAAGACAUUCUGAAAAUAUGGCUCAUACAUGUGUUGACGCUGGUGCAGUUCCUAUGUUACUUCUCUGCUUGCAAGAGCCCGAACUAUCUUUGAAGCAAAUUGCUACGAGUGCAUUAUCCGAUAUCUCCAAACACAGCGUCGAAUUGGCACAAAGUAUUGUAGACGCCGGCGUUAUUCCUUACCUAGUUAAGAAUCUGAGCAAUACUGAUGAGAGACUGAAAAAACAAAUACUUUGUGCAUUGAGUUCUUGUGCGAAACAUACAAUGGAUUUAGCAGAAGUAGUUGUAGAAGCCGAAAUAUUUCCCAGUGUCCUGCUUCAUUUAGCUCAUCCCUGUCCAGCUGUUCGUAGAAAUGCUGCUUGUCUUGUUAGAGAUAUCGUCAAACAUUCUCUGGAACUGACACAACUUGUCGUGAAUACAGGAGGUAUUGGAGCUCUGAUGGAGGUCCUGAAUCAAGCGGACGACAUAUCAGGAGCUAAACUACCAUCCAUUACAGCGUUGGGAUUCAUCUCGGCUCACUCGGAACAGUUGGCAUUGUCAGUGCUAAGUUGCAAGAUCAUCAUCAUUCUGGCGAACAUUCUAGAACAAUCAGAAGAUGAUCAACUUCUGUCUGUAACUGCUUGGGCGAUUGGACAAAUCGGUAAGCACAGUCCAGAGCAUUCUCAAGCGGUGGCUGCAGCAAAUAUUUUUCCCAGAUUGGUAACUUUGCAUCAGAGCAACCAAUCGUCUGAAGAUCUGAAGUACAAGUGCAAAAAUGCACUGAAGCUUUGUCUGCAGAAGUGCCUGUUGCUCACGGCACUGGAACCACUGCUAUAUACAGCGCCUUCCAGUAUUCUAAAAUACGUUCUCGGACAAUACAGUAAGGUAUUACCACAAGAUCCAAAAGCAAGACGACUUUUCGUCACUACAGGUGGAUUAAAAAAAGUUCAGAUGAUAGACGCCCAACCAGGCACAACAUUGUAUGAGUAUAUCACCGUAAUUAAUUCAUGUUUCCCUGAAGAAAUUGUGCGGUAUUACUCUCCAGGAUAUCCAGAAACUUUAUUGGAUAAAGUCGAGCAGUAUUCUCCGCAAAUGAUGACUGUUUUGAGAGAAACCAAUAUGAAUGACAACGAAAUGCAAACUGAAAUAAUUAACAUGAUGGAAGAUCCGGGAUCUUCGGAUGAUGAAGACCAGAAUUUGCCGCCUCAAUGAACUGAACUAUUUCAGACAUUCGUUUUUUAUAAUCUCAUAAAGUAAUCGACAUCUUCA